AUGGACAUUCCGUUGUUCGCAAGCCGCCGUUGGAAUACGAAAACGACGCCGUCGUCUCGGAAAGUAGUGUCGAUCCCGGUCCAAUUCGUCGGGUCGGGUCGGGGCGGAUCGGAGUCCGACUCUUCGGCGUUGAAGAUCCAGAAGGUGUUCCGAGGGUUUCUGGUGAGGAAGAGCGUGAAGAAGAUCGCGGCGAUCAGGAGAGAAGUCGAUGAGGUGGAGAGGCGGAUCUCGAGGGAGGAGGCGCUGGAAUCGAUGAAGAACGACCCGAAGGAGAGGCUGAGGGUGAACGAGACGCUGAUGAGCUUGCUCUUCAGGUUGGAUUCGGUGAGAGGCGUCGAUUCGGGGGUUAGGGAUUGCCGGAAGAGUGUGAUCAAGAGGGCGAUCGCGUUGCAGGAGUUUUUGGACUCCAUUGUUGCUGAUGAACAAACCCUAGGUGGUGUUGAUGAAGCUCCCGACUCCUCCGAAAUCGGUGAAAAGCAAGGUAAAGUCUCUGAGUCUGAGGUUGAGGUUUCUGGUGCUGAUUGCAAUUUGUCUGCGAAUUGUGAUGAGUAUGAGAAAAUACAAGUUGCUGAGUCUAUGAGUAAUUUGAGUGAGCCUAAAGAGACUCUAAAAUCUGCUGCUGAUUUAGUUUGUAAUUGUAAUUUGUCUGCGAAUUGUGAUGGUUUAGAGUCGGAAAAUCGUGUUGAUUUUGAUGAGUCCGAGAAGAUUCAAGUUGCUGAGUCUAUGAGUAAUUUGAGUGAGCCUAAUGAGACUCUAAAAUCUGCUGCUGAUUUAGUUGGUAAUUGCAAUUUGUCUUCGAAUAAUGAUGGUUUAGAGUCGGAAAAUCGUGUUGAUUUUGAUGAGUCUGAGAAGAUUCAAGCUGCUGAGUCUAAUGAGACUUUAAACCAGUCUGUUGAGACUCAGAGCGAGUCAGGGUCGACUGGGAAUCCAGAGAGUUUGGUUGAGGAAAAUUCGUUGAAGAAAGAGGUUGAGGAGGAGGGGACGGAGAUUGCUGAGGCUGAGAGGAAAGAAGGGAAUGAGAAAGAAGAAGAUUGCUGUUUUGGAGGGAGAGAGGAUAGCAAGAGGAGCAGGGAGCUUUUGGAGAAGAUAAUGGAGGACAAUAAGAAAAUGAUGGGUUUGAUGAUCGAACUCUUUCAGAGGAAUGAGACGCAGACGAAAUUGUUGAGCUCGCUGUCGCAGAGAGUUGGGCAGCUGGAGAAGGCUUUCAUGUGUGACAAGUUGAGAAAGAUGAAGAAGAAGGGUGCUGCUAAGACUAUAGUAGAUGGGGUGGAAAAAUCGCCUGAUGCAAAGAAGUCCGAAAAGAGAUAG